GCUGCGAGGGGUCGCAGGUUCCUUGUGUUUGCGUACUCGCACGAGCAGCUCUCCAACACGCGCUCUCACCUUGUUGAGGCCGCGCGCUUCGCCCAAGCCACCAACCGCACGCUCGUGCUGCCCAAGGGCAGUCGCAGCCGCCUGUCAGUGGGCGGGGCGCUGCCGCUGUGCGACUACUUUGACCUCGCGCGCAUCGCCACGCACUGGAUCUCGCCCGAACUCUUCCUGCUGCUCGCCAGAGCCGCGCUCACCGCGCCCUUCGCUGCUGCUGCUGCGCGUGGCGCCAGCCCCUCCGUGGCCUUCGUGCACGUGCAGACACACCGCAUGUGGCACCUGCCCUUCACUCAAAGGUGUUUGGUGGACAUACUGAGUGAGCUCAUGGUGUAUGGCAUGGGCCACGCGCCCUCCAGACGCAACACUCUUGACGUCAUCAUGCCGGCUGACAGCUCUGCAAUUCUCCGCAAGUUAAACAAGUGGCGGCACACGGACGUGCUCGUGUGGGUGAAGACCACGUUCGAGCGCAUGGGCUUCCAGCCUCCCACGGAUUCCAUCUCCUUCCAGAUGCUUCCGUACAGCCAGGAGUGGCACGCCAUGGCUCAGCGAGCCAUGGCCCGCCUGCCCCCGCGCUACAUUGCCGUGCACUACCGCUCCGAGUUCAUCGCCUUCCACCUCGCGCACAAGCUAGUGCGGAAGGGCUUCAAGGUGGAGGCGGGCGUGCUGGAGGAGCUGAUGACGGGGUGCAUGGAGGCGGCUCGCGACCUGAUCAACGGCAUGAAGCGCCGCCACAACAUCUCGGCCGUCUUCAUCGCCGCCGACGUGCCGUUUGACGACAAGGCGGGCAGCCUCGUGCGCUCCGACUCGUGGAAAGAAACCACGUGGAGGUUUCAAGGGCAGGAGAGGGUGCUGGCGGCCCCGCAGGAGAAGCUGCGGUGGCUGAGGGAGCAGGUGGCGGGCACAGUGAUGGUGGACGAGCUCAUGCCCGCCAUCAACCACUACGACCCCGGCAUUGUGGCCAUAUUGGACAAGCUGCUGUGUGCGCAUGCGCACGUGUUCCUGGCUGGGUCUAUCACAUGCGGGGGGGGGCGUGGGUUUGAGGAGGACAUCAACAUCCACAGGCAUCACUUCAACAGGACCCCCCCCCACAGAUGGGUCUCGGAGACAGACAAGCGUCUAUUCCACCUGAACAGCAGCUCUGCAGGUGCAGGGUGA